AUGCUGCCUCAAACUCGGGCGCGGGUGCCUGCCGCUCUGCGGAGCUUGACCCGGUCGGCUGCGACUAUUCGGACUCUCUCGACCACCAUCCCCCGCUUCCAGGAAGAUGACAAGGCCCUCAACAAGUACUCCCGCACUAUCACCCAGCCCAAGUCUCAGGGCGCCUCCCAGGCCAUGCUGUACGCCACCGGUCUCACGGAGGAGGAUAUGAACAAGGCCCAAGUCGGCAUUUCCUCCGUCUGGUUCAGUGGCAACCCUUGCAACAUGCACUUGCUCGACCUGAAUAACAAGGUACGCCAGGGUGUGCAGGAUCAGGGCAUGCUUGGGCUCCAAUUCAACACCGUCGGUGUCAGUGACGCCAUCAGUAUGGGCACCUCGGGUAUGCGCUACUCCCUGCAGAGCCGUGACCUGAUUGCCGACUCCGUGGAGACUGUGAUGGGUGGCCAGUGGUACGACGCCAACAUCAGCAUUCCCGGCUGUGACAAGAACAUGCCCGGUGUCCUGAUGGCCAUGGGCCGUCUCAACCGCCCCAGUCUGAUGGUCUACGGUGGUACCAUUAAGCCCGGCUGCGCCGUGACCCAGAACAAUGCCGAUAUUGACAUUGUUUCCGCCUUCCAAGCCUACGGCCAAUUCAUCACCAAGGAGAUCACCGAGCCCCAGCGCUUCGAUGUCAUCCGUCACGCCUGCCCCGGCGAGGGUGCAUGCGGUGGUAUGUACACUGCCAAUACCAUGGCGACCGCCAUCGAGACCAUGGGUAUGACUCUGCCUGGCUCUUCCUCCAACCCGGCCAACUCCCAGGCCAAGUACCUGGAGUGUCUGGCUGCUGGUGGCGCGAUCAAGAAGCUGCUCACCGAGGACAUCCGUCCCCGUGAUAUCCUGACCCGCCAAGCCUUCGAGAACGCCAUGGUCCUCGUUAACAUCACUGGGGGUUCUACCAACGCUGUGCUGCACCUGAUCGCCAUCGCCGACUCAGUGGGCAUCAAGCUUGACAUCGAGGACUUCCAGACCGUCUCCGACCGUACCCCGUUCCUGGCCGACCUGAAGCCCUCGGGCAAGUACGUCAUGGCCGACAUGCACGCCAUUGGUGGUACUCCCGCCCUGCUGAAGCUCCUCCUCAAAGAGGGUCUCAUUGACGGCUCCGGCAUGACCGUCACUGGUGAGACUCUCGCCAAGAACCUCGAGAAGGUCCCCGACUUCCCGGAUGACCAGAAGAUCAUCCGCCCCUUGUCCAACCCCAUCAAGCCCACUGGCCACAUCCAGAUCCUGCGGGGCUCUCUCGCCCCCGGUGGUAGCGUCGGUAAGAUCACCGGUAAGGAGGGUACCUCCUUCACUGGCAAGGCCCGUGUGUUCGACCACGAGGACGACUUCAUCGCUGCGCUGGAACGCAACGAAAUCUCAAAGGAGGAGAAGACUGUGGUUGUUAUCCGCUACACCGGCCCCAAGGGUGGCCCCGGUAUGCCUGAAAUGCUCAAGCCCUCCUCCGCCCUGAUGGGCGCUGGUCUCGGCUCUUCCUGUGCCCUGAUCACCGAUGGCCGCUUCAGCGGUGGUUCCCACGGUUUCCUGAUCGGGCACAUCGUCCCCGAGGCCGCUGUCGGUGGCCCCAUCGGUCUGGUCAAUGACGGUGACGUGAUCACCAUCGACGCCGACAAGCGCGCCCUUGACCUUGAGGUCCCGGAGUCAGAGCUUGCUGAGCGCCGCAAGGACUGGGAGGCCCGCAAGGCGGCUGGUCUGCUGCCCGAGACUGGUCUGACUAUGCGCGGUACCCUGGGCAAGUAUGCCCGGAACGUCACGGAUGCCAGCCAGGGCUGCAUCACCGAUGCUGUAGAGUAA